AUGUCCACCAAGGUCGAGCUGUACAUGGAGAUUGGCACGGUGAUAACAGACCUCGAGUACCAUACAAAGUACAUGCUGAAGAAGCUUCUUGGAAGAGGAGCUUAUGCACAGUGCUAUCUAGCAGAGAUAGAAAGUGGGGAGCAGUAUGCAAUGAAGGUGGUCAGGCUGAAGGACAUCAAAAGCCGGAAGGUCCACGAGAAGCUGGAGUCUGAGAUAGCGAUACAUUCCAAGCUGGAUAAUCCCAAUGUUGUCAAGAUGUAUCGGUCGUUUAGGAGUUCUGAGUAUGUUUUCAUGGUUCUCGAACUCUGCGAAAGGGGGGCCCUGGAUGCCCUGCUGAAGAGAAACGGAAAGCUGAAGGAGAGGCAUGUGGCAAGGUUUGUCAAGCAGACCGUUGAGGGGCUUAUCUAUCUCCACAACAGCGUCAGUGUCGUGCAUAGGGAUCUGAAGCUGGGAAACCUAUUUUUGGACUCGAAGUUCAAUGUGAAGAUAGGAGACUUUGGGCUGAGCGCGGUGAUAAAGGAUGGGGAGAAGAAGGUCACCAUGUGCGGAACGCCGAACUAUAUAGCGCCCGAGGUUCUGUUUGGGAAGGCAAGCGGCCAUUCGUUUGAAGCAGACAUAUGGUCUCUGGGGGUGAUAAUCUACACACUGCUGGUUGGAGUUCCUCCGUUUCAGAAGAAGAAUGUGGAGGACAUCUACAAGAUGAUAAAGCUCAACAACUACAUAUUUCCAGAAAACUGCGACCUCUCGAGUGAGGCAAUCGACCUCAUAACACAGAUCCUGAACACGAAUCCCCUUGAGCGGCCGACUCUGGAGCACAUUCUCAGCCACAAGUUUCUGUCGAAGAAGGAGCACUUUCUGAUGAAGAUAUACAGGAAUCUGAUGACCAACAGGACAGAGGAGGGUGUUGUGGAUACAGACUAUGUUCUUUUCAGCAUUCCUGUGACCAAGCUCCGGGGGGUUGGAUAUGUGCUGAAGUCUGGGGUUUACGGAAUCUACUUCAGCGACCACAGGAACCUGAUGCUGAAACCGAACAGGAAGAGUGUUAUCUACCUUAACUCUACCAUUGAGAGCGGGAAGAGGGUGUUUUACAAGGAAGAGCAUCUUGUUGAGAAGAUACCUGCGGAGAUUGCCGAGUCGUACAAGGGGCUGCAGUAUUUUAUCAGGACGUUUGACAAUGGGUUUAGCUUUCUAGACGUCGAGCCAUGCUUUAUUGUGAAGAUAAGAAAGAUAGAGUGUGGAUUUCUGUUUGUGAUGGCUGACAGCACCAUUGUGUUUGACUUUGUUGACGGGUGGCGGGUGGUGCUGUCGAGAUGUGGAGAGAGGGUUUCUUGCUACAACGGACUUGGGCUUGCUUCGUUUAACCAGGAGAUAAGGGGAAGGUGCAUAGAGAUUCUGAGAGGAUGUCUCGGAUGUGGAUGA